CUGGGCAUGACAUGGAGGUGAUAUGAUAUGCCCUUAAUGACUUGCCCAGAAGCCUGUGCCAGAGCUGUGAACUUAUCUCAGGUCUCCUGAGUCUCAGCACUGCAAUUCACAUACUCUUGUGCCUCUUCGCUUAACAUUUUUCCCCCCUAUCAGCAACACUUUAUUAUGGGAAUAAAAAAAUAAGUAGCAUGCCUUUGUAAAAAUAUUUGGUUGCUUUAUAGAGAAUUCUCCUGACUAAGUGAGCAUCACCCAAUUAAUUAGGAUGUAUGGUGUACGUGCUUGCCUUUACCACAGAGGGUGCGUCUACACGUUCAUUAAUGUGUCAUAAUUGUGGUACAUUAAGUUUAGUUCCUGUAAUGCCAGGUGCUAACUUCAUGAGCCGAACUUGGCACUACUGCACAUUAGUGCAAAUGAAUGGUUAUUUUUUUUGUGAUGCUACUGUGCAUUAGACUAAAUCUGCUGUGCAUUAUUGCAUUAGCAUGGGCUUUGCCUGCUGUGCUAAUGUGCAGUAGAAUUAGUCUUCUGCUCAUUAAGCAUCUUAUGUAGACAUGUCUAGAGAAUACUAAACGAAUAUGUAGGACAUUAAUUCAACAGACAUGAUUCUGGAUGUUUACUCAGGAAGUUUUAGAAAGAUUUAGGACUAGUUUAAAGGUGAAUUAAAAGACUAUAAAACGUGAUCAUGCACGCAUUUCUCAAAGGGUAAUUUGAGAAAUUUUGGUACAAAGUUAAAAAAAAAAAAAAAAGGAAAUGAGGGGUCAGUUAUGCUUCUAUUAAAGUCAAGGGCAAAACUCCAGUUAUUUUAAAUGGAUUCAAGAUAAAACCUAAAUUAUCAAGAAUCUAUGAAGCAUCUACUUCAUUUUUCUGUGGGUACCUAAUAAAAAUGGAAACAUAGGGGUAAACUUCCCAGUAUCACUAGUUAUCAGUAACAAAUGGAUUGUAAACAGCUUAAAAUGAAUGGGUAUGUUUUCAGAGUAGACCACAAUUAAUUAACUCUUUACAUGCAUUGGGAAUUUUGAAUAUUGAGCUAAUGUAAUGUAUUUUGAAAAUUUUCUCUUAAAAGGCAAAUUUAAAUUUCUUUUCUUAGUGUAGCUGCUCCCUAUUCUGCUCUUAGAUUUUUCCAUGAUUUUACUCUUAGGUACAAAUACUUAACAAUAUAAAAUUGUUAAGAAAGAAUACUGACACAACCAUAAUGUUCCUUUCAUGCAAAAGCACAAACUGUGAGUUGCACAAGUUGGCCUCAUGAGAAACAUUUAUCUAAAGAAUUUGAAUAAGGGCAGAUGCACUCUCACCCCUCAGCAGCCUGAGUCCCAGUCAGGACAAUCAAAGGUAACAUUGCCUCAUGAUGAUAGUACCUUUGUUUGCUCAGUGAAUCAUAGGGCAUUCUCUACUUCAUGGAACUUCAGGUUAGCUAACCAUCUUUCCAGGACUAAAAAAAAUUUAAUCCAAAAGGAAGAUGCUUUUCAAUUUGAGGAACCUACUCAGCACUGUAGUUUUAAGAAAGAAUGGCCAACACCUGCUGCGACACUUCCAGCCUGGAAAACCAACUCAAACUAAUGUGCAUCUGAAAGGUCGUGACCUUCUAACUCUGCAAAAUUACACAGCAGAAGAAAUAAAGUAUUUGCUAUGGGUGGCAUCAGAUUUGAAACAAAGAAUAAAGCACAAGGGAGAGUAUUUACCUUUGAUGCAAGGAAAAUCUUUAGCCAUGAUUUUUGAAAAAAGAAGUACAAGAACUAGACUAUCCACAGAAACAGGCUUUGCUGUCCUUGGAGGACAUCCUUGUUUUCUUACAACACAAGAUAUACAUUUGGGCAUCAAUGAGAGUCUCACAGAUACUGCACGGGUGUUGUCUGGCAUGACAGAUGCAAUCCUGGCCCGAGUUUAUAAACAAUCUGAUCUGGACCUCUUGGCAAAAGAAGCCUCAAUCCCAAUAAUCAAUGGCUUGUCUGAUUCAUACCAUCCUAUCCAAAUUGUAGCUGAUUACCUUACACUUCAGGAACACUAUGGCCACCUGAAUGGGCUUACCAUAAGCUGGAUUGGUGAUGGAAACAAUGUGCUGAACUCCAUCAUGAUGAGUGCUGCUAAACUUGGGAUGCAUCUACAUGUUGCUACUCCAAAGAGUUUUGAACCAGACUAUAGGAUCAUUAAAAUAGCUGAACAGUAUUCCAAAGAGUAUGGCACCAAAUUGCUUCUCACAACUGAUCCCUUGGAAGCUGCAAGUGGAGCCAAUGUUUUAGUUACAGACACCUGGAUAAGCAUGGGACAAGAACAAGAAAAGAUAGAGAGACUGAGGGCUUUUCAAGGUUAUCAGAUCACAAUGCAGACUGCAAAAGCUGCUGCUUCCGACUGGACAUUUUUACAUUGCUUACCAAGAAAGCCAGAAGAAGUUGAUGACAGGGUAUUUUAUUCUUCACGGUCACUGGUUUUCCAGGAGGCUGAAAACAGAAAAUGGACAAUUAUGGCUGUCAUGGUUUCCCUGUUGACAGAUUACUCACCACAGCUACAAAAGCCUACAUUUUGAUGUUUGGGUUCCUGCCAAGAAAAAUAUUCCUCACCAGCAGAAUAUACUGGUCCGCAAAUAUAUAAUUCUGUUUCAGAAAGAAUCAAACCAAUGAAUUAUUCCUCAGUAAAAUUGCAUAGUGGGCUCUGCUGAGCUAUAUAAUAUUGCUUUGCACUUGUGAAAACCUUUGAGAUGAUGUGCAGCAUUGCAAAAGCAGUUCUUUUUGUAGGUGCUUUAUUUUCUGUUGCCUUUGUUUUGAUUAGCAUCUCCUGAGUUUUCCAAAAGUGUAGUUUAACCAAUAGAUUCAACAGUAUCAUUGGUGAUGAUUUACAUAUGCUAUGGUAAGGUUGAACUUAUGUUGCAUAGUAUAAUGUUGUGAACCUGUCCAUAAAUCUGUCAGAUUUACUUGGUGAUCUCAAGUCAUGUUUGCAGAGAUCAGCACCACCCUGCUAUACCAUGCAUUCUCAAUCUUUUCUUGAAAACAGAGUCCCCUUAUUUGUACCCAAGCUACCUUCCACUUCCUUUUGGCUUUGAGAUAGUGGAGACUGUAUAAUCAAUGAAUCCUAUGGGCUGACAGGAAGAUGAUGUAGGAUUCACACAAAUAGGCUUCUACACAGUUAGGUGAGGGAGAGGAAAGAUGCUAAGGAAGUAUUGGCUCACUCCCCCUCACUUCAACCCUCUCACCAUUGACAGAAUUGUGGUUUAAGAAACCAUGUUUCCAUUCUUUUCAGCUUCAUUUUUGCCAAUCCUUUCCCAAAAUUCUAUUCAGGCAAACCUGUAUUUAUUUAAUUGAGGUCUAGAAUGAUAUGCUAUAAUCAAAGGCAGAAAGAGUUUUAAUAAUAUGAUUUUUAGGGUAAACUUUUACAAGUAAUUAAUGCAAAGAUCCACUUGCUGUCCUUCUGAGCUCUGGCUUCCUGCUCUGUAAAAUGGGCUAACACUACUUCUUUAUUUCAACUGAGUUUUCCAGCAUUUCAUUUACUCAUGUGUGUAAAGCACUGAGAUAUUUGAAUGGAAGUGGCUGCAGAUGUUCAAGGUAAUAUUGCACCUUUCAGACCUCUCAUGAAUUCAUUACAUGAAUAAGGAAGAGAUGAAUGCAAAUGAAGUGAACAUUGAAGAAGUAAUAAAAUGGGAAGUUUUUACAGAGAACAUUACCAUAUUUUCUCACAUAUAACUGUCACUUGUAGGUGUUGUAGGGAUUCGGCCUCUUCUUGAUAGGUGCCUUGCCCACAAGUCACGUCAGAGUGAGACUUGGGCUCGGGUGCCACCUAGUUGGUAUGGGUGCUGCUUCUACUCACCUGCCACGUCUUUGAUGUUCCUUGUUGGGGAGGCAGUUCCCUUCAGGUGGCCCACAAAAGCAAAGAGGUCUCGACCCCAGUCUUUUCUUCGUGGGGCUCCAAACCUUCCCUUUACCCCACCCUUACCAUGUCCACAGCCUGGACAAACACUGCACUCUGCAGGCAUUCCUCUGGAUGAUAUCUCCCCUCAUCCAGAUUGCCUGCCCUGGGAUGGGUCGGGCCUUCUUGGCCAGUAAAAUCUUCCUCCCACAGCCAGUUCCUCAGCUUCAGGCUGACUUGGGUACAUAAACCUGCCCUGCCUUAGGGCUGACUAGGACUUCACAUGAAUUUAACAGAAAGCAUCCGGUGUCCGCCGACAGACCCCUGGGCUCCUGUCUCCCAGUGCCCGCUUGCUACUCAAAACACAGGAGAAAGGAUAAGGCGGGGGGACUUGCUCAUCCCUUCCCUCCUAGUGAUUAUGGGGGUGGGCAGCUGCCCUGUGCCCCUCCCCUAUCCUUCUUCCCAAUGCAACCGCCUCUGUAUCCCUGCUGACCUGGGGUCACUCUCUUGCUCCUCCUGAGCUGGAGGGGCAUGCAGUUCCCACGUCGGGCUGCUCUUUUCUCCCUGCCGAGCUGCUUGUGAGAGCUAGCAGCUCCCUGCUAAUUUCCCCAUCUGCCAUACCUAUAUUCCCUGGUAGGGCUGCAGUGUUGCUCCUGGGCAUCUCUUGUAUCCCCAGGAUUUGGUUUCUUCCCUGCCAUGCUAGAGCCCUCCGGUCACUGCUCUGUUCCUCUUGCCUGCUCUCCAGCCAGGCAAUCCUCUGUUAAGCUCCUGGUGUCUCCUGGCUGGCAUCUUCCUCUUCUCCUGCUGGCUGCUCAGCUGCUCUCCCAGCUGCUAUUUGAGCAUCCCGCGUCUCGCUGAGGCUCUGUCCCUGUCCCUCACCGAUUCUCAGCUUCAGGCAGUUCCGGAAUCACAGAGCCUGCGUCCGUGUCCCCUCCCAGCUGCUGCUCAAUUGGGCCUCUGCGGUGAGUAUCGGGGCGUGUGGGGUGGGGAUCUGGGACCCACUAGGGGGGCUUUUACUGCCCCUUUCACAAUAACCCACACCUAUUCCCUCAAAACAAGCUGGGGAAAUUUGGGUGUGAAUUAUACACGAGGAAAAGGGCUCCUCAUAGGUCUGGAUAUUUUGUGGAGGGGAGGGGCAAAUUAACACUGCCAUUGCAACCCUUCCUCCCCUUGUCCCCAUUGCCAAAUUUCUGGACCCAUGGGGAACCCUCCACUUGCUAGAUUGGGAUGGCACAUGAAGCUGCUGCAUCGACUGACCUGGCAUGUAAGGUCUGACCCAGCAUAUAGCCCUAGACCUGGUACAUGGCUUCAGAGCUGAUGCACAGAAUGGGACAUGGCAUGCAGCUCCAGAGUGAUGUGCUGGAUUGGACCCAAGUGCUCUGUUUUGGGCUCUGACAUACAGUCCUCAGACCCCAGCCCUGGUGUACUGCUCCCAGUCCCAGAGGACCCCUGACCCCUGGUACUUACUUGAGGCCUUCCAAGAAUAUGGUGUGUGUUAUAUUUGGGGUGUGGUUUAUGAGAGAAAUAUGAUAAUUUCUAAUAAUGAAAAUCUGCUAAAAUGUAUAUCAGAUGGCAGUAUGUAAUUGCUUAUACUCUUCGUCACUGGUUGUUAUGUUGUAAUCAGUAAAAAUGUUAUUUUCAUUAUUGAUUGCAGUUUAA